AUGGACUUGGAGGAUGAGCUUGAGCUCUCCCCCAGGUUUGUGUCAGCGCUCUUGCGCGGCGGCACAGGAGUUGGAGUGCUGCAGCGCGCCCACGAUGAACUGACGCGCCGUGCUCACAACAUGUGGUUGGAAACAGGUCGUAGCGACGACAAGGCAAACUGGGAGGACGCGGAGCGUACCUUGGUGCGUUGGCGGAGACAGCCUGAAACAGGAAGCGAGGGAACCCCGGGACUCGAUACUUUGAUGUGUGACUCGCCAAUGGAUGCCAUAGAAGGAGGCUUUGCAAUGGACUUUGCAGCUAACCGCGAAGAGCUUGCAGAAUUAUGCAUUACUUUGCAGGCUAACCUGCAUGCCGCCAAAGCUGCACUUCAGCAGGAGAAGUGCGCAGUGAGAGCCUUGCGCAAGGAUCUUCAAGCCGAGCGUGCUCGAAGCAAGCGCUUCUCAUUCAAGUUGAUGGCUGCUGAGGCUCAGUUGUACAAAGAGACCGCUGCCCCAUGCAUGCAAGGCCAGCAAGGCCAUGCCGGGACUACCACCCGAGGUAUUCCGGUCCUCAAGGCUCUUGACGGAUUGAAAGAUGCGUGGCAAGAAGCUGAGCACUAUUCCCUAACACCCAGAGCUCGUAUUCGCAGACGCUUGUACUCCAGCCCCACGCAGAGCUCUUGCAGCGACUGUGAAGCCUGCGAGAUCAGUUCCCCAGCAAGUGGGUGCCACACACCAUCAGCAUCUUGGUGGUAUGCUGAUGGCAAAGACUCAGAAGUUGGCGACCAGUUCGAUGCUUAUGCAGAUGCGAGCCUUCAUCCCGAAUGCUCAGACUCCUGGUGGUUCUCUGAAGACAGCACGCAAGGUAGUGCAAGUGAAGAAAGCGAUGCAGAAGGCGAAGACGGUGCCAAGGGCCCAGGCUUUGCCAAGGGCGCUGGUGGCGCUAAUGGUGCUGGCUGUGAGUACAGAAUCGCUUUCAGCCCAAGCCCUGUGACAGACAACCAGGGCACUCAGCAUCUUCGAUUUGAGCCACCGAAGCCAUAUUCUUUUCGGAGAAGUCGGGCCUGA